UAGUCCAAAGUUCACGGACGGCGAGCCAAUAAAGUGAGAUAGAAUGCAGAUUACAGAUUCCACCUAAUUCCGCUAUUCCAGUGCGUCUUGCAUGUCGUCUUUGAUGGUCUGUUUCUGAAGGUUUUCAUUAAAAAGUUAAUUAAGAACGAAAUGUUCUCCACGUGUGCUAGAACUUUCAAAAACAACGCAGGCUUUGUAUCAAUUUUGCAAAGGUUUGAAUCAACCUUAGUCAUUGCCGAACAUAAUAAUGAAACGUUGUCUCCCAUUACACAAAAUGCAUUGACUGCUGCCAAAAAGAUUGGUGGUGACAUAACUGUUUUGGUUGCUGGAACCAAAUGUGGACCAGUAUCUGAAAAAUUGAGCAAGGCUAAAGAUGUUGCUCGAGUUGUCGUUGCGGAAAACGAUGCUUUCAAAGGCUUCCUGAUGGAGGCUAUGGCACCACUUAUUGUUGACAUCCAUAAGAAGCAUAAUUUUAGUCAUAUAUUUGCUGGAGCAAGUGCUUUUGGAAAAGCUCUUCUUCCAAGGGUGGCCAUAGAUCUUGAUGUUUCUCCUGUAAGUGAUAUUAUUGAAGUGAAAUCAGCUGAUACAUUUGUGAGGACAAUUUAUGCUGGAAAUGCCAUUCAAACUGUCAAGGUCAAGGAUGCCGUAAAGGUAGUAACAGUGAGAGGGACUUCAUUUGAACUAGCACCUUUGGAAGGAGGAAAUGCUAAUAUAGAACAAGCUGCUGUUGGAGAAUAUAAAUCAAAUCUGGUGGAAUUUAUAAAACAAGAAUUGACCAAGUCAGAUAGACCAGAAUUGACAGCUGCCAAAGUUGUAGUGUCUGGGGGACGUGGUUUGAAAUCAGGAGACAAUUUCAAACUUCUUUAUGCACUGGCUGACAAACUCAAUGCUGCUGUUGGAGCUUCUAGAGCAGCUGUUGAUGCAGGCUAUGUGCCAAAUGACUUGCAAGUUGGUCAAACGGGGAAAAUAGUUGCUCCUGACUUAUACAUUGCAGUAGGUAUUUCUGGUGCCAUCCAACAUUUGGCAGGAAUGAAGGAUUCCAAAACUAUUGUUGCCAUUAACAAGGAUCCUGAAGCUCCAAUUUUCCAAGUUUCUGACUAUGGACUAGUACAAGAUCUAUUUAAGGCUGUCCCAGAAUUAACAGAGAAAAUCAAUUAAUUUGUUUUUUUAUAAUACUUUGUAAAACUUGCGGUUACAAAAAUGGAAUAUUAUUGUUAAAAUCCGCGUAUGUAAAGUUUUUCUGCAAUUUUGGAUCAAAUUUUAUUUAAUACAAUUUGUAGAUACAUAUAUUUUUAUAUAUUGUUAUAAAUAAAUAAAUACAUUACCUUUUG